CUACAACAUGUUUUUCUUAUAAAUUUUUAAUAACUUGUCUCUCUAGUUAAAAACAGCUAUCUAAACAAGCCUGGAAAUUUUGCAUAUGCAUUAGUAAAAGGUUCUAAUUUUCUUAGAAAUUUUGGUAGAGUUGCUACCAUAUAUCAUUAGAAAGUUGAUUUACUUGUUAAGUGUAGGGGAAAAAUGAAAUUUUAUACUUCAACACAGUGAGAUUAUUGCACCAUCACAGUGUACUUUCAAAUGUUUGCACCCAGUGACAUUAAUGCAACCUGGUCCUGAAGAAUUUAGGUUUGCAUAGACUCCUAUUCACAGUCUCCUUAUAUGCAGAGUCCUCGAGCAUGGAGUUAUCCACUUAUAUGCCUGCAUAUGCUUCUCUCACGGAAGGCUUGACUGCUGUGCAGAGUAUCACUGAAGCUCAUGAUGUUGCUGUCAAAGUAAAAUGUGAAGUAACUGCUGCCUGUUCUGUGCCUGUGCCAGAAAUAUGUGCAGUGUAUAUCAAGGAGGAGCUUAAGGAAGAUUGGGAUGACAUUUCAUUUAAAGAAGAACCAGUCUUUCCUGAAGAUGAUGAGCAUGGCAGGAAAAUCAAGUUCUGUACAUCCAAGAGAUCUUCAAAAAAUGUUGAGGCCAGUGAUGACCUGACUGGGAAUGAGAGAGUUGUUGAAGACACUGCUGAUGGUGAUGAAAAGUUAUUAUCUGAAGUUGUUACUGCAGAUGCUAAUGGCAGAAGAAAUUUGCUCACACCUUCAGUUGGCAGGAGUAAGCGGUCUAAACCUAAACCUAGUAAGAGGAAUGCUGCUGGCAUAAGUAAGCUCUCUCCAGCUGGAAGAGUUUCAGAAUUUGCUACUGAUGGUAGAGAAAAGCCUGCACUAAAAGGUACUGCAGGAGAUAUAACUUCAGUUGAUAGGCUAUCAUCAGCUAAGAAAGUUAGAAAAGAUUCAGCUGGUGGCAAGAACCUCUCUUCAUCUGACAGAUUUGCCAAAGAUUCUGUUACAAGUGUUGAAGUGCCAGAACUGGCAGAGCUUGUUGUAGGCACUGCUGACAGUUGUGAGUUGUGUGCACGUGCUGCAGCUGCUGAAGAGAUCAAUGGUAGUAAUGACAAUUCUGAAGCAUCCGGCACUAAGCCCUACAUGAAGCAGCAUUCAUCAAAGCAGAAUCUUAAUCUUCAGCAUUCAUCUACAUUAUAUCAUGAGUGCCCUGACUGUGAAUACCAUAGCAAAUUCAAGUAUCAACUUCAGCUUCAUAUCCUUGCUAAGCAUUCAGCUGGGAAAUUAUUCCAAUGUCCUGAUUGUCAAAAUGAAUAUUUCACCAAGAGGACAUUUAGACAUCAUAUUCUAUUGAAGCAUUCAUCUGAACAGCUAGAGCAUAGUGUUUCCAAUCAAAUGAACUCUUCAAACGCACCAUUGUGA